CUCUCUGCCCACAGACUGCACCGCCGAAGAUCAGCUUUAGGUUUCAGCUAAGUUAGAUUUACGAAAAUACAAAUUGCUUACCGGCUUAUUGCCUCCACAGAGUUUGGUGUUUGAACAGGUGCAGAUGAAAGGGCCACGCAGGUGAUGGAGCUGUGUGCAGAGGAAUGACCAUCCUGUGACUCACCUGAGCUGCGGCCAGCUGCCUCCUGAUCAAAGCCACUUCCACUCGCCUCUUCGCCGGUGACAACAGACACACACACACACACACACACACCGCUGGAUGUUUUCACCAGAUGAGACGUCAGCGAGACGUGUUGUUGGGGUGAUACGUUUCUCUGGAUUAAUUGACACACCUGGCUUUAAUUCACACAGACAGUGUUGAUCGUCUCAUCAGAGAUCCAUCAGCGCUAAGCUGCAGCUGUCUCACUCAGAACCAAAAAAAAUAAAGUGUUAAUAAUCUUCCUGUCUUGACUGUUAAUGUGCUGAUGUGCAUGCUUCAGUCUGACGUGGAAAAAUCCUUGAAAUGUUCAAGAAUUCUUUCCUUUGAAUCAAAACUUUAUUAGGAGAGGAUGGGUGGAAUGGAAAUAUUUAACUGAGGGGUUGUCGUCGAUUUGAAUUUUGUGUUGAAGUUUUAUUUUGUUUCCAGAAUGCACCAAAGUUGGAGUGAAUAAGCUAAAACUUGUAAAGAAAGUCCCAUAGAGAUAAAUCAACCACGUAAAGCAACCACCAAGUUAUUAGGAACUGAAAACAGAUAAACAUGUUUGACUUGGGARCUGUUUUUCGGGGUCUGUUGCCCUUUUGUUUAUUUUCACGCGACAGAACCGAGCAACUGUUUUCACCUCAUCUGUUGCAUCGGUUUGUUUCUGUGAUGCUUGUCGACUUUGAAACUGGUCAGGCUGUCGAAAGACUUCCUCCGCGGGGAUUCGGAGGCCUAAAAGUGUUGCAACUUGUCUUCGGUUUGAAAUCUGGGCACACGUCCGAUGGAGCCUCGUGACYAAUUCGGUUAUGGCGAUGAUGCAACACUGCUGUACAAAUAUUCGGAUGAAUUUUCUCUGCAUUCCCAUAAARCAGGUUCUGCUGUGUGUUUGGAUGUGUUUGGACCAGGUAGGAGGAGGGAACUAAGGUGAGACCACCUCCUACUUAAGCAUUGACUUCACUUUUCAGGCGACACCUUCUACCUGUUCUUAGUGCCUCAGAAACAUACAGCAGCUCCACGAGUUGAGAGGUCACUGCUUCUUUUGUCUACAUUGCUACCUGGGAUGAUAGGAUGCAUUUUGCUGCCCUAAAACCAUCCUUUUAGACUCUAACUCUUCAGCAGACCAGCUUUAAAAACUGGACUCCUUAUUUUGUGGACAUGUUUGGCCCAGGGCAAAUGGUUUCCACGCUCCUUCCUGCAGUUUUUCAUUCACCCGCGGCUCAUUUUUUCCCCGCGUUCCCAACCAGACUGGUCUCACCCCCUCAAAUCCUGCUCCCAGGGCCGUUUUUCAGCUACGAAUCCCUAAGGAAUUAUCUUCAMCCCGAGCCGUGCAAGGAAGCUUUGCUGUUGGCCACACAGGCGGUUGGAAUUGGGCCUCUAUCAGAAAACACAGAUGAACAGAGGCCAGCGAAGCAGCGGCGUGCGCGAGCCAACUACAGCAGCUGGCAGCUGGAGGAGCUGGAGAAGGCGUUCGAAACCACCCACUACCCAGACGUCUUCAUGAGGGAGGCCCUGGCCCUCAGACUGGAUCUGAUCGAGGCCAGAGUUCAGGUUUGGUUUCAAAACCGUCGAGCCAAGAUGAGGCGGCAGCUGAAACUUCAGGGUCAGCUCGCCCGGCCUCACGCGWCAACAGACAACAAUGACAUUUAUGACAAAAGGAACAAACAGACAGAAAGUUCUGACGGCGAGGCCUGGGAGAGGCAACAGGAAGGAGAGAACUACCCCUGGACAAAAGCUCCAGCUUCUCUGCUGAGCGUGCAGAAGCAGCCCCUGACCCUGAGUUUGGGGAAGUGGGAGAGGCCGGAGGGGCUGAGCUCGGAGCAGCUUCGCUCCUGCAGCAUCGCCAAACUGAGGGCCAAAGCCAGAGAGCACGAGGCUGAGCUCCACUGCACUGUUAAUGUGACAGCCUCCAACUUCCAGCCACAAACACAGGAAACCGAUGCCAAGCUCAGUGACUGAUCAUAUCCCAUCUUCCUGUUUGGACAAAAGAAAAUAGACAUCACAGUCUGCAGGAUUUGUUGGAACUUUUGGAGACAAGUUUUAUCAUUUAGCCUUUAUUGACAGGAUAUGUUUGUGUAUUCUGCAUAUAUUAUUUUUUACAUUUCAGAUUAAUUAUCAUUUCGGAUGAAAGUAUUUUUAAAUCACAUACAAAUUUUUAUUUUAAAAUAAACUUUUAAAGCUCACUGUAAAAAAAAAAAUCCUGAAAGAGACUGAAUAUGAGUUAUUUGAACAACUGAAAUAUGUGGAGCAACAUUAGUUGUGACGAAUAGCAUUGUUUCUCCAACCUUUAUUAGAAAACAAAAAAAGUCUGAACUAAAAACGGUAAUUCUGUUUUAAUUGUUGCUAUAGGAACAAUAAAUUUUUAGCUUCCUUUAAGGUG